AUGGAUCAUUAUCAAGUGUAUGAAAUUAAAAACAACUUAAGGAAAUCUUCAAUUGAAUUAUCUAAAUGGAAAUUAAUCCAAUCAGCGAAAUGGUCAUCCGAAGCCUUACAUGGAAUUAUAUCAUUCGACCAAGAAGAAGGGCAAGAAUACAAAAAAGAUCAUGAUGAUUAUUCUGAAAAUUGCUCGGUAGAUUUAUUGAGCAAAUUUAACAUACCGCCUUCACCAAAUACUUUAUUCACCAAAAACUUUGCAGAUACUGCCAGUAACAAAACUAACAACAAAAAUGAAGAACAAUACACAAGCAUUACAAAUAAGGGUACUGCUGAUAUUCCAUUAACUCAGGAAGAAGAGGAUUUGUAUCAAUAUGCAUCAUCUUUGUUUGAUUGUAGGGAGUUCGAUCGUUGCGUCUCGGUUUUGAGCAAAGCAAAACAUCCAAGACUAAUUUUUUUAAAACUAUACACAACAUAUUUGUCCUGGGAUAAGAAGUCACAAGAAAAUUUGGAAAAUGAUUUGUUACCCAACACAACAAGUAAUUCGAUCAAUAAUGUUUCUAAUAAGGAGUCCACCUCAACCAGAGAAACUUCCACUAAUAGUCGCGGUGGCAAUCCUUCUAACAACAACAACAUAAAUUUACGAUUUGGCACAUCUUCUAUUAGAAAUUACUACGCUUCUUCCAAUGACGAUGAACAAAAUCAAAUAUUUUAUAAACAAGAACAGUGUUCAACUGCAAUGGGAAACAGUGGUUUAAAAGUCAAUAUACCAUCAAUCCUGAAGGAAUUAGACACCACAUUAGAAAGAAUAUUAACAGCUAAUGACGAUGAUGCUAGUAAUAAAAAAGGCCAAACAACACCAAGAGUAUCCUCAUCUUCAGCGCUAAUACGGAAAAAAGAUAAGAUAGGAUUGGCAUUAUUAUACUACUUGCAAGGUAUACUACUGAAACUACAAGAUUCUCAAGCAAAAGCUUUGCAUUCGUUCUUGACAUCGGUCAAAUUAUAUCCUUAUAAUUGGACUUGUUGGUCUGAAAUUUUGGAUUGUCUUUCAAGAGCAGAUGAAGCCAGCUUAUUGCUUCAUCAUCUAAAUAGGGAGAUGGAUCCAAAUAACGUUAUGUUACAUUUUUUUAAAGUUGUAUUGUUCCAAGAAUUUUGUAAAAGCAACACUGAUGACUACAACUUGAAUGAGGAAUUUUUAAGUGAUUUAAACUACUUACUAACGUUAUUCCCCAAUUUUGCAUUUAUAAAGUCAAAACAAGCGUUAAUAAAUUACGAAUAUAUGGAUUACAUAAAUGCUGAACAAAUAUUUGACGAUAUCGUUAAAAGGGAUCCGUAUAGGUUGGAAGACCUAGAUACCUAUUCCAAUAUCUUGUACGUCAUGCAAAAAUUCUCAAAGUUGGCUUAUUUAGCACAAAUGACUAGUAAUAUAGAUAGAUUUAGACCAGAAACCUGUUGUAUUGUCGGAAAUUACUAUUCAUCAAAACAGGAUCAUGCAAAAGCAAUCAUGUACUUUAGAAGAGCGUUGACUCUAAACAAGAAUUAUACAAAUGCCUGGACAUUAAUGGGCCACGAGUUUGUUGAAUUGAAAAAUACACAUGCGGCUAUACAGGCCUAUCGCAGAGCUGUAGAAAUUAACACCAGAGAUUAUAAAGCUUGGUACGGUUUGGGUCAAGCUUAUGAACUUAUUGGUAGAAGAUUAUAUUCUUUGUAUUAUUUACAGAAAGCAUGUAGUUUGAAACCGUUUGACAAAAGAAUGUGGCAGAGUUUGGGCAAUUGUUAUGAAAAAAUGGAUAAGAAUGAAAAAGUAUAUGAUUCUAUUAAGUGUUACGAAAGAGCUUUGCAAUUAACUAAUCUCAAUGAAUACGACAGUAUGCAAUUAUCUUACAAGUUGGCAGAAUUGAAUUUGAAAAUAGAUAACAUGGUUGUUUGUGAAAAGUAUAUGAAGAAAUGUUGUAAAAUAGGAGAACUUAAUCAUUCAAAUCUUUACAGUCCAGAGUUAAACAGUGCUCGUUUAUGGUUGGCUAGGCAUGAAAUGAGUAAUAAACAUUACUCUACGGCAUAUCAAUAUGCAUCUGGGGUUACAGAUGGUGUUUCAAAAGAAAUUGAAGAGGCUAGAAAUAUUGCAAGGGAAUGUAGAAGAAUAUUGGAUAAGGAUUGA